CUGGGCCUAGCUACGUGUGGAAAAAUAUCAGAGAGCAAUACGAAACGUAUUGUUCUUCCACUUAGGAAGGUUUUUUUUUCGUUUUCCCAACAAGUGUUUAGUGCAGUGCACACUCGAAUAAAAAGAAAUACGAAGAAAAUGCCACGAAUAUCCACUAUCUCCAUUCCCGUGGGAGUCUUCCUGCUUAUCAACCUGAUGAUAAGUGUAGACGGCCUUGUAAAAGAAGGGGAUUACCAGAAUUCUGUGUAUCAACAGAAUCUGGAGUCAAACUCCGCAACAGGCUCAACGGCAUCCUUUCCAUUCCUGAUGCCCAAGGUUUCCCCGCAAACCCCCGAUCUGUACUUGUGCACGCCCAUUAAAGUCGACCCCACUACAACCUACUAUAUAGUUGGAUUCAAUCCUAAUGCUACCAUGAACACGGCCCACCAUAUGCUGCUCUACGGAUGCGGAGAGCCCGGAACCACGAAGACCACUUGGAACUGUGGUGAGAUGAACCGAGCUUCCCAGGAGGAGUCGGCCAGUCCCUGCGGACCCCAUUCUCAUUCUCAGAUCAUAUAUGCUUGGGCUAGAGAUGCCCAAAAGCUGAAUUUGCCCGAAGGAGUGGGUUUCAAGGUGGGCAAGAACUCGCCCACCAAGUACUUGGUACUGCAAGUUCAUUAUGCCCACAUUGAUAAAUUCAAAGAUGGUUCGACCGAUGAUUCAGGUGUGUUCUUGGAUUACACAGAAGAGCCCCGUAAAAAGUUGGCUGGCACUCUAUUGCUGGGCACAGACGGACAGAUUCCGGCCAUGAAAACGGAGCACUUGGAAACCGCUUGCGAAGUGAAUGAGAACAAGGUGCUGCAUCCUUUCGCCUACCGCGUGCACACCCACGGACUGGGAAAGGUGGUGUCUGGCUACAGGGUCAGGACCAAUAGCGAUGGGGAACAGGAGUGGCUGCAACUUGGCAAGAGGGAUCCCCUCACGCCCCAGAUGUUCUAUAACAUCAGCAACAGGGAUCCCAUUGUCGAGGGAGAUAAGAUAGCCGUGAGGUGUACUCUGCAAAGUACCCGCCAUCGAAUAACCAAAGUCGGCCCAACGAACGAAGACGAGAUGUGCAAUUUCUACCUCAUGUACUACGUGGAUCAGGGCGAAACCCUGAACACAAAAUUCUGCUUCAGCCAGGGCGCUCCCUACUACUACUGGUCCAAUCCCGACACUGGCCUACACAACAUCCCACAUAUCGAGGCGAGCACUUUGUAAUCUGGCUGUCGAGAGCGUGAAAUCAGCUGCGGAAAGUGAAACGAAUGUAUACUACUUUAUUGUCUCGAUUAUUUUAUCGUUUACAACUAUUGAUGAUGGUUUAGCGUCAUUCUGUAUCCUAUUCUGUUGGCCACCAAUAAUUUAUGUAAAAUAUUUGUGCGUGUAAAUAAACAUAUGUAGAUAAUUCGCGAGAA